AGAACUACUUGAAUAAUCAGAUAACUGCCGAAGACUGAUAAUGAUCAGAUUAUAAAGCGCAUGUAAACACACUCACUGUGGGAAAUACUGUGUGUGUGUUUGUGUGUGUGUGUGUGGGUGUGUGUGUGUGUGUGUGCCUAAGGCAUAGUCAAUGACGCAGGAAUGUAGACAGAAGGUGUGGACGUUCCAGAGCACUUUCUGUGCGCCGAGUACUUUGCUCUUCUCAGGUGCAGCAGUGAAUUACAGGUCAAGAUCAGGAGGUGUGAUACAACCUUACACCAUGGCAAAAGGCUGUUCUCCCAAGUGUCCACUGCCACCCAUCCUGCGUCCUCUGCUGGGUUUCAUCUUUUUCCUGGUGGACGUGGUGCUGGACGUGUGGAACAUUGUGUCAUUGUAUCAGAAAGGGGAGUAUGUUUAUGUGGGGCUGUUGAUAGCCCUGCUGCUGGCCUCCUCCGUCCUAGCGCAGGUGUACAGCUGGAUGUGGUAUUCGGACUAUAAGGAGACUCUGGAGAGCAGAGUAGAGAAAUUUGCGAGCAGUCAUGGUUUAAUUGGACUUCUUCACGUCUUUCAGCUGGGAAUGUUCCUCAGGUUUGCAGGUGUGGUGGAGAUCAGCAUAUGCAACCCUAAACAAAACAACAAACAGGGAGGAGCUGCAUCCUUAAGCCCUGACAUGAGCAUGUUGCGCCUGAUUGAGGCCUUUUCUGAAAGCGCCCCUCAGCUGGUUAUCCUGAUCUGCAUCACCAUCCAGGAGCAGGAGCUGCAGCUCUUACAAGGUCUAAAAAUUGCUGGUUCGUUUGGUGCCAUUGCCUUUUGUUUACUGUCCUACCAUCGCAACAUGCGUAAAUUUGUUCCUGAAGAUCAGAAGAUGGGAUGGUCCUCCUCUGCAGUUUUCUUCCUGUGGAACCUGUUCCUGAUUACCCCUCGGGUGCUUGCUGUCGCCCUCUUUGCCUCCAUCCUGCCCUGCUACAUCGCUGCUCACUUCCUGUCCUGGUGGGUGCUGCUGUUUCUCUGGGCCUGGAGGCAGAAGACGGACUUCAUGGACACUGAAGGAGGUGAGUGGCUCUAUCGGGCCACUGUAGGACUCAUCUGGUACUUCAGCUGGUUUAACGUAUCAAAGGGAAAGACUAAAGUCAAGAGCAUCAUCUACCAUGUGUGCAUGGGGGCCGACAUGGGGCUGCUAUUGGGUUUGUGGUUUUGGCAAAGAUCUGUGGAAUCAGCUCGUCUGAAUCCUCUGCCAGUUAAUCCGUAUGUGCUGAUUGGUGUGUUGCCUGCACUUUACAUUACUGGACUCCUCUUAAAGCUGCUUUACUACUGGAAGUUCCAUCUCAGCCGCCCAAGACUGAUAUUCAGUGUCAGAGAUGCAAUGUCACAGAUUCAGUCAGAGGUUCAGGUGGAAGAGUUUGGGACCAUCAUGCCUGAACGUGAAACAGAACCUAAACAGAUUUUCACUGGCAUCCACAAACGGAGGAGGAACAUGGCUGUUAAUUUCUAUUACUAAUUUAGACUAUUUACCAUGUAUGGGUGGUUUCCAAGACACAAGACUAAGCUUAAACAAAAUUCAUUAUGUGAAACACAAUUGACAUUGUAAUUUAGUCCUAGUCCAAGACUAUGUUUAACCUAGCCCUAUUUAAACUAUAUAUAGACUAUAUAUUUAUCUUCCACACUAUUGGUCAAACUACAAACACAUUCCAUGUGCUAUGGGAUCCUUUUAUUGUGUUUUUCUGAAACUAUGGUGAAAAAGAUGAUUAUGCCUUUUACUACUCUACUGAAUGUUUGUUAUAAAGGUUUAAUGCAGGGAUGCACAGCUGUGGUCCUGGAGGGCUGGUGUCCAGCACAGUUAAUGAUUUACCUGCUCAGACACUUGAGUCCCUCAAGGUUCAGUUUUAGGGCCUUUACUUUUCUC